ACGGUGGCGGCGACACAUGCUUCCGACUAACUAGACGUGGCAGUCUAGCGCUUAGUGUGUUCAUGAACUGCUCUCUACCGCCAUCCAACUCAUCAAUCGCCUAAGAUCUACCGGAGAGACGGACGGAAAAAACUAAAAAUUCAGCGAAAGCAAAAAAACGCAGGGAUCUAAGCCUCUUAAGAGAGAGAGUCCGAGAGGAAGUGGGUGUCUGAGAUCUACCUUGCUCUGCCUUUGCCUGCCUUUUUAAGGCAAAAUUUCAAUACUUGGGGGCGUUUUGUGAAGAGGGUUUUUUCUUCUAUCUGCAUCUCUCUUUCCCGAUUCCCGUCUCCAUCCCUGCUGUGCGCUGAACAAUGGGCAUUGAGGUUGUUGUAGCAUCGGAUGUGGCUCCUCAAGUUCCAGUUCAGGCUGUGACUGAAGUUGUUGACAAGUCAAUUCUGCAUGAGAAGGAGAAUGGGAAAAUGGGUAAAGAGUCGGGACCAAAUAAGGCCAUCAAAUUCGGUUCUCAUGAAAGGGAGGUAGAGAAGGGAAUUGGGACUGAUGCAGAUGCCGAAGCCCGUAUGAACGCUUCUGCUGAUUGGUCUGGUGUCUCUCCUGAUGAAGUUACUCAUAAUUUCUACUUCCCCAAGAUACAGAGGGUCGAGGAUCCCAAGUAUAUUCCCCAAAUCGAUGAACUUGUUCGGGAGAUUAAGAAGAAGAAUGAUGCUUUUGCUCGGGCUCAUGAUCGUGCGAGAACAAAAAAGGAUAAGAGAUCAGAGUUGAGAAGUGAGAAAAGGGAUUUAAGAACUCGACUCUCAGAAUUACAGGACGCCAUGAGUGGGAAGAAAAAUGAAAUGCAGCCUCUGCAGCAGGCAUUGGGGAAACUCCGAAACAAUUAUAAUGGUGGUAUAUGCUCAUCAGAGAAAGAGCUAGAUGAAGCUAAACGCCGCUUGGAGUACCGCAUUCAGCAUGAAAGCAUCCCAUUGUCUGAGGAAAAGCAACUAAUCAGAGAAUUAAAACAGCUAGAGUUAACAAGACCAAUUGUUAUUGCCAAUGCUGCCAUGAGAGAGGAGAUUCAGGAAUCAUUGGGUCAGAAAGAUGCCAUACAAGAUCAGGUCAAACAUAUGAAUGUUGAUUUUGGUGGAGCAAAGAAGGAGCAUGACGAGACGUGGAGUAAAAUGAAGGAACUGACCUCAAGAAUUGAGGCUUUAGACAAAGAGAUUAAUGUUAUCGAAGAGGAAAAAACAGCUAUUGCAAAUAAGAGGGGUGAGCUUUAUGAGCGUAGAGAUAAGAUACGGGCACAAAGUGAAGAAUUGAACGCACCGGUUUAUGCUUUGGCAGUGAUCCUGAACCGAGCAAAACAUCUUGCCGACAAGGAGAAGGAUGUAAAGGGUGUUCAGCACCUUGCAAAUGCAGAGAUGGAGAAGUUUAUGUUGCAAUGGCGCAAGAAGGCUUUUAGGGAUGAUUAUAAGAAGCGACUUGUAUCGAGCGGGUCACUCGACAGUCGAUCACUGACCCUGGAUGGUCGAAUUAGGAACCCGGACGAGAAGCCGAUAGCGGUAGUCACGAGACUGCCACCCUCCCAGGAUGAACCGUUGGUCAAGCCCCCUAAACCUGCUGCGAAGAAGGAAUCUUUGCCUGCCAAAACGGUACAGAAAAAGACAGAGCAACUCGAGGAAGUCGAAGAAGAGGUGGCGGGAUUAGAGAAGACACAGCAAAAGAUUUCACCACCACAGGUUGAUCCAGCAAAGUUGAAGGAAAUGAAAAGAGAAGAAGAAAUAGCGAAAGCUAAGCUAGCCAUGGAGAGGAAGAAGAAGUUGGCCGAGAAAGCUGCUGCUAAAGCUGCCAAGAGAGCAGAGAAAGAAGCUGAGAAAAAGCUCAAGGAAAUUAUUACAUUUUGUCUUCUUUUGCUGAUUUCCUAUGAACGGGAGAAGAAAAUGAAGAAGAAGGCCGGAGGGCCUGGAUCGAUGAACGAGGACGAAAAAGCGGGUGAAGAAUCUGUUGAGGGAUCAGAACCAGAAGAAGCAAAAGGGGCUGCUGUCCCUGUCCCUGUUAAAGAGCAAGUUAAGAGGGAGAAUCCUGUCAGGUACAGGAACCGCCCCAGGGGAACCGAAUCUGUACCCAGAGCUCUUCUGAAGAAGAAGAAGUCGACCAACUACUGGCUGUGGGCUGCUCCUGCUGCCGUGGUAGCCGUUCUCUUGGCGUUCCUUGCGUACUACUAUCUUCUCUAAAUGAAGUGGUGCUGAGCAGUAGUUAUGGUGUUAAACUGCUGCUCUUUCUCCGGAAGGGAGUGGAGUUACAGAGAGAGAUGGGACUUGGUCUCAUUCAGCUUGCAUCUGCAGUGGUGAUUGGUGAAGGAGAACUUGAUCUGGAUCUUAGAGGAGACUUGUGAUGGAUGACCAGCGAGUAGCUUAAGUUGAGAGUAUUUAGAAGCACUACUUAAUGAACAGAAGAAAAACAAAAUAAGGAACCAUUUAGAAGGACAGUAACUAUAUAGAGUUUCUGUUUUGCUUUUGUUUCUGCUUUUGUUGUUUCCAAAUUUUGGGACUAGACUUCUAUUUUAUUUAUUUGUGUUUUGAUGUUUGUUUUUGGAUGACUUGUUAUGCAAGCAAGGGUUGUUGCUUAAUGGUUUUGAGAGUUUUGACAUCUUUUGGAAGGUCUUUUGAUAUGUAAUCCAUGUUUUUCUGUGUGGCACAACUAAAACUAGCCUAGGUGA